UGUCACGCUGUCGACAUAUGUCCGUCGGACAUUUCGCAAAACCAUUUCAUCCAUCCAAACACAACAUUAAAAUUGAAGCUUUUGCAAAUGCAAUAUGUAGAGAAUCCCAAGAGGCACGUUUUCGUCGCGUUGAUUUUCACCGAAUCAACAGCCAGCGUUCUCAACAUCAGCCUGCCCCAUUUGGAACAUCUCCAUCCGGAUGACUCGAAGAUAUGCGUUGUAACGGCUAGUGAGUACAGCUACUUGAAAAAAUGUAGACAACAAUCCAAGAAAACUAAAGAUGACAACGUUACAUCGACUGGCAGUAAGCAGUUGGAAGAAAUUUAUUUGAAAUUGUCAUCCGACGUCGGUCUCUUCACAACCAGCAACUAUUCAUCCUCAUCUAGCGUGAACGACGAGGAGUUGGAAAACUUCAAGUCUGAUCGUUCUUCAAUCUUCGAAGUCUCCAAAAUCAACAAGUUUCCUUUGCUCGCCGCGAGGAGUAUGGCGCACGCGAACAAACUUGACAUCCAAGAUAGAACGAUUCACGUUACGUUGCUAGAAACGGAUUCAAAAUCAUCUACGGAAUUUAUUUGUCGAAUUUGCCACGGCGGAGACAGCGAGGACGAUCUACUAACGCCUUGCAGAUGUAGAGGCACGGUAGCGCUGGUGCAUCUCAAAUGUCUCGAGAGAUGGCUGCGAGAAUCCGAUCACAGCACCUGCGAACUUUGCAACCACCGUUACAAAAUAAUCCGCGAGCCCAAGUACAGCGUACCGUGGUCGAUUUUGGUGUUUUUAAGACACCCCGGGGACCACUGGAAGGAUCUAAUAAUAGACCUGUUCGCGUUCUCGGUAUACACACCAUCAGCGAUUGCCUCAACGUAUAUGCUGAUGAUGAUCUGCGAAUCUCUGGUCAAAUCGAAGAUCAUAUCACCCGGUACGCUAUCAUCGCACAUCGUUGCAUUUUCCGCCGUUUUCGGAAUGGCGGCCAUCGAUUUCACUUAUUCUUCGUGGCUGUUGAUGACUUUGCAAACGCACAUUGAAGCCUGGCGAAAAUGGUGUAGGAGCAAUUCAAAUCUGAAGAUCAUUUUGCCGAAGGUGAAAUUGCGGCCGCACAAGUCGAGAAACAAAAAGGAAAAAGAGAAACUUAAGAAUACACCUGUCAAAUGUAAAAGCUCCCAAUAA